AUGCCGCAGUCGCUUGUGGCAGUCAAGUUUCGCCAUCAAAGUGUCCGUUUUCAUGUGAUUUCUGAAGCUCAGCAAAUUGUUGCAGAGAUAACUGAGAAGGUCGAAAGUGUAACAGAAGAUUAUAGCAAGUUGGAAAAAGAAAUUGAGAAAGCAUCUCCUAUAGCAAUCAUCAACAAGGACCUUCAAAAGUACAGUACCAUUUCCUUCAGGUAUUUUGAUGUCAUGCCCAUAUUGUCUCUCAAGCAGUUGGAUAACUGUGGAGCUGAGGAUGUGUCUUUAAUACUCCCACUCGAGGUGUUUAGCCUUGACACAGAGAGGUUGAACUCAGAGACCUACAAGCUCUUGGAUGGUGUGGAGAAGCACUGUAGCAUUCACAAGGAAAACAUGAUGUCAAGUACCAGAGGCCAAAGAAAAGAUCGAUCUCAUCAAGGUACUAGAGCCAAUGUUCCUGUUGUUCAAAUAGACCCUUCAUUUGAAGUACUUGGGGGCGGAAUCAUCGGCCUCGUGAAGUGGAACUUCCUCCAAACCAUGGAUGUGCCUGUUUAUAGUUUGCAUGCUCUAGGAUAUGUCUUAACUGGUUGUAAGCCAUGCACUAGACCGGCCUUGCCCCGGCAGCAUGAGAGGGAAGGGAGGUACAGGUGGCGGGAGGAGGGCAAGGCAAAGGAGUGUGUACCACAUAGAGGAAAGAUUGAAUCUGAAGAUGCACAACUCAGUGAGCACAUCAAUGAAGUUGCUUCCUUCACAAAUGGAAGGGACCCAAUUGCUGAUGUUUUCAACUCCCGAAACUUGAUCUCUUCGAGCAGCGCUGGGAUUGACAUUUUAGCCACGUUAGAGAACAGAACUGAGCCUUGGCUCGAUGUGCUUUAUGUGCCUUGGCAUGACUUUUGCCAGGCAAUGGAAGAUUUAUAUGUAGACUUGGCAGAUAAGCUGGUGAAUGCUAAGGUCAAUGCCGGGAAGUUCAGGGUAGAUGGUGAGCACAAGGCAUUUGCAAAACAUAAACUUCAGCUCAGGAGCUUUACCACUAUACCACUUUUCUCUACCUUCAAGCCUAUCAAAUAUUCCUCGGAGAAGAGGGACAUUGAUUCCCUGUUAGCUUUUGUAAAUUCGCUUCAAUGGCGAUGA